CACACACACACACACACAAACACUUUCUCAUCACAAAACGCACAAAAUGGAGAAAAAAGUGACGGUCGCCGGCGAGCUUGAGCCGUGGCGCAAGCUCGAGCACAAAGUGGUGAUGGUGACCGGUGCCUCCUCGGGAUUGGGCCGGGAGUUCUGUCUCGACCUCGCCGGAGCCGGCUGCCGGGUCAUAGCCGCCGCUCGGAGGAUCGAUCGGCUGCAAACGCUCUGCGACGAGAUAAACGCCGGGAUCGUCUCCGGCGCUGGAUCCGGCGAAACGAGCCGAGACCGGACCAUGGCGGUGGCCGUGGAGCUAGACAUCGGCGGCGGCGGCGCCGCAAUCGAGGCCUCCGUCCGGCGGGCUUGGGCGGCGUUUGGGAGAAUCGAUGCUCUGAUCAAUAAUGCCGGUGUUAGAGGUCGGGUGCAUACACCAUUGGAUUUAUCGGAAGAUGAAUGGAACGACACGAUUAAGACAAACUUAACCGGAACUUGGUUGGUCUCGAAAUAUGUUUGUGCCCUAAUGCGCGAUUCUAAGAAUGGUGGCUCGGUUAUCAACAUCUCCUCAAUUGCAGGCCUCGAACGAGGCCAUCUGCCAGGUGGACUCGCUUAUGUUUGCUCCAAAACCGCGGUCAACGCAAUGACUAAGAUUAUAACAUUUCAUGUUAUGGCCCUAGAGUUAGGGGCAUACAAAAUACGGGUCAAUUCCAUAUCUCCUGGUCUAUUCAAAUCCGAGAUAACUCAAGGCCUUGUCGAAAAACAAUGGCUAAAAAACGUGGAACAAAGGACUGUCCCUCUGAGAUCGUUCGGGACAUCAAAUCCCGCUUUAACCUCACUUUUACGGUAUUUAAUUCACGACUCAUCCGAGCAUGUCACGGGCAACCUCUUCAUAGUUGAUGCCGGAGCUACUUUACCUGGUUUUCCCAUUUUCUCCUCCCUUUAGGUCAUUAAUAACAAUGUAUAAUGGAUGCAUAGCAUAAUAUAUGAGUGGGCAUCUAUAUGUUCAUCAUGUAUGUAUGUUUUGUCAACUCUAUAUGUCUAAUCUAGCUUUAUGAGAGUGUUUGUACUUGUUUGGACAAUUUAUUGAAUUUCAAGUCCUUAUAAAGCUAAGCUAAACACACAUUGAAAUACAUAUUUGAAUUAAUAUACCAAUUACAUGAAACUAUAUAACUUGGAUUUGCAAUACUUAGGUUAGAGAUGUAAAGCAACUGAGACGAGCAGAGCUCAAACUCAUGGUACUUGAGCUCGAGCUCGAGCCUUUAAC